CCAGAUGUGUUUUAUUUCCAGAUCCUGACAAAAGACAGUGUGACAGUUGCAGUUGACGCUGUUGUUUACUUCAGAAUCUACAAUGCCACCAUGUCCAUCACUAAUGUUGAAAAUGCUAAUCGCUCUACACGUCUUUUGGCUCAGACAACACUGAGGAAUGUUCUUGGAACAAAGAGUCUUAGUGAGAUAUUGACUGAGAGAGAUACUAUCAGCCACGUUAUGCAGAGUGCUCUUGAUGAGGCUACUGAUCCUUGGGGAGUCAAAGUAGAAAGAGUAGAAGUUAAGGAUGUUCGUCUACCACAACAGUUACAAAGAGCUAUGGCAGCUGAAGCUGAGGCAACUCGUGAGGCCAGGGCUAAGGUAUGUGUACCAAAGAUACUAUACCAAGAUGAACCUUGACCUUUUUGUCUUCCU